AUCUCUGUUGAUCAAAGGCUGGUUUCAGGUGUCAGACAGAUGCUGUAAAAGCCUCUUUACUUCAUUCUACAAGUGAAGAAGAUCGAGUUAAUGAAAGAACAGUGAGGACAUGAGUCAUCCAGAACCCUGCAGAAAAAAAUGUGAAGUUACUGAAAAACAAAAAGACCCGGUUAAAGCGAAUGAAGAUGGUGAACAACGGAGUGAAGCAGGGGAAAAACAUCACGUCAAAAAUGGAGGAAGUAAGAUUUUGCUGAAAAGAAGAGCCAAAAAAUCCUGCACCUGCUCUCAGUGUGGAAAGAGUAUCUCAUGCAAACAAAAUCUUAAAUUUCACAUGAGACUUCACAGUGGUGAGAAGCCACACGUAUGUGAUCAAUGUGGGAUGAGUUUUGCACGAAAAGACUCUCUUAUUACUCACAUGAAAAUCCACACUGGAGAGAAACCGCACACAUGUGAUCAGUGCGGGAAGAGAUUUGCACAGGCAAGAACUGUCAGAUUACAUCUGCGUUCUCAUUCUGGAGAAAGACCAUAUAACUGUAAUCAAUGUGGGAAAAGCUUUUCUUAUCCAUAUAACCUGAAGAGCCACCUAAAGGUUCACACUAAGGAGAAGCCUUAUGUGUGUUCUCUGUGUGGAAAGAGUUUUCCACGACUGGGUGCUUUUAAAUUACACCAGAAAAGACACAGCGGUGUAAAAGAGCAUAUGUGCUUUGAUUGUGGGAAAACCUUCUUUACAUAUGAUAAACUGAGACGACACCAGAUAACCCACAGUGGAGAGAAACCUUACAACUGUUCACAAUGUGACAAGGCAUUCUCUCGUCCAGAACAUCUGAAAAGACAUGAGAUGACCCACACUGGAGAAAAGCCACACAGUGCGGGAAGUGUUUCACACGUGUAAAAGGUCUUCAAUCACUUCUGCUUUCUCAUUCUGGAAAAAGACCAGUGUUAAAAAAAAAUAAAAAAGAGAAUUUCUGAACUUGUUUUGAAAAACAGGACUGAGAUGUUUGUCAAACCACUUUCUAAAUGCCAAAGAGACUGUAAUUUAGUUUCAUUUCAGUGAAGACUCUUGUCAGUUCAAUAACAGCCAAUUCAAUUGAGCACUGGACAAUUCCAAUGUUGAUUCUUUAAAAUUCCUGUGAAUUCAAAUGUUUAAUACCAUUUGAGCAUCCUGUUAACUGAUCAGUGAUGUAAUAAAAAUAUUUUUG